CCGAACUCUUUGGUAAUGCCGAACUCAUCCGAACUCUUUGGUCAUGCCGAACUCAUACUCUUCCUUGGGCUUCGGGCUGAUGGGCCGUCAUUGCUGUUGGGCUUGUUUAGUCCGUACCCCAUCAGUGGACAUUGAGUUCUUGGGGAACCGGACCGGGGAGCCUUACGUGAUUCAGACGAACGUGUACAAAAAUGGGACCGGUAAUCGGGAGAUGAGACACAGCCUGUGGUUCGAUCCGACUGAGGAUUACCACAGUUACUCCAUGCUCUGGAAUACCCAUCAAUUGGUGUUUUUCGUGGACGAGGUUCCGAUAAGAGUGUACAAGAAUACGAACUACACCAACAACUUCUUCCCGGAUCAAAAGCCGAUGUAUCUGUUGUCGAGCAUCUGGAAUGCGGAUGACUGGGCGACGCGGGGAGGGCUGGAGAAGACGGACUGGAAGAAUGCACCAUUCGUGUCAUCGUACACGGACUUCAACGUGGACGCGUGCCAGUGGAAGGACCCCUACCCGGACUGCGUCUCCACCACCACGGACAAUUGGUGGGACCAGUACGCGGCGUGGCACCUCAACGAUGACCAGAAGUUGGACUACGCCUGGGUGCAGAGGAACCUUGUUAUCUAUGACUAUUGCAAGGAUACUAAGAGGUUUCCUACGUUGCCUGAAGAGUGUUGGCUCAACCCCUAUGCUUAAAUAUUUCUUCACUAUUAAAUUUUUGCCAUUCUUUUUUUUCCCACAUUUCUAUGGAUGCAAUUUAUUGAUAUCUUACACAAAUUAUGAUGUAUAUGUUUGAAGAGGGGGGGAGAGAAAAACACUAUUUUUCUUUAUUUUUA